AUGACACAAAACCUGAGUAACUCAAAAAAGGACCUGGACGGUAAAAAACCUAUAUCCAGUAAAAAUACUGCAGCCUGUAGUGAAUGUAAAAGAAGAAAAGUUAAGUGCGAUUAUGAAGAAAGUAAAGGAUCAUGUAAGAUAUGCUUCAGCAAUAAAUUAGAAUGUAAAUUCGAACAACAACAAAAGAGGGGUCCUAAAAAAGCACUCGGAUCGACUACGGGUAUGCCAUCAAAUAUAGAAUUCCAAAAUUGGGGUAAAAAAUUGUGGGAAUUGCUAGGUAAAGAUAACGGAAAUUUUACUGGGAGCUCUUUAAAUAAUGGACAAGUAAAUCCACCAAACGGAAGCCAUAUUGAGAUCUCUUCAAAGAGCGAGCAGGGAAUUACAUCAGGCGGAAACUUGGUAAAUGGUGAUUUAGAUGGAAACCAUAGUGAACUAACGUUAUUCCCUCAAGAAAAUCCAAGCGUAAAUUUUAAUGAUAAUACUUUAGUAAGGGACGAAUCAAUGUUAUCAACGGUAAACGGGGAUUUUGCAGGAGAUUUUCUAACAAGCCGCGAACAAACAUUUUCUGAAGUUCGACCGUCCAGGACCAUCAGUAGACAACAAAAUCGGUUAUCUCGUUCACCAAGUCGUGAAAAUCGUCAAACAAGACAAGAAACCCGAAAUCGUGAACCCAUCUCACGAUCUCCGACUUCAACACAUUCAGACGGUGAUCGACCAAACUUGACGCUACAAAUCCCGAAUGAUCGUUUACAAAUCCCGAUUGAUCGAGUGUAUUAUUCCCCGAAUCAUACAGAAUAUGAGUUUUCAUUUAAUCAUAGCAUAUCAAAUAAUUCAACUUAUACAUCAACAUAUAUACCAUCUCCAAAUAUUCCACUGAUAGAUUUUGAUGACGCAAAUCAAAUAUCGUCUCUUAUCAACUCUACCACGAAUCUCCAAACAACACCAUUGUUUAAUUUGGAAGAAAUAAGUCAAUACUCGACCGAUCCCCAAGCACCAUUUGAUUUUGGAAUCGACUGGCAAUCAUUUUUUGAAUUAUGA